AUGCACUUCACCAAAUCGACUCGGAAUCAAAAGAUUGAAUCCUUGUGGUCCCAAAUGAUGAAGCAGCAUAACCGGCCAAUCAUCAACAACAUUGUCACUGAAAUAGAAAAUUUUUAUUACAAUCCGGAUGAUGAAAUUGAGAAUCUUCCAGUCUAG